AUGGCAGCUAACUUUACCUUUCGCGUACAUUCAGAAGCCGUCGUAAAUAUUCCAUAUUCGGUAUAUUUUGAUUUUGUUCCAUAUGAAAAGUGGUCUCUAAAAAGUUACAUAACUUUACUAGUUAAUAAUUAUGAGCACGUUGAUAAAAAGGAAGCUCAUUUUGCCUUUUAUAGAAACUUAUGUUCAAUUCUUGACGAUGAAAAAAUGUCUCAAGAAGUUCGCGAUAUUGCCAAGAAACUCCUGAAAAGCAAAAAAACCGAUGUUUCCAAAGCUAAUAAUAGCUUUUGGAACACUUCGUCACCUGCAUCGUCAUCGUCCAAUAACGGAAAAAAGAGAAGUGCGACAGAAUUAAUAAGCACUUCAUCUAUAAUUCCUACUAUUAACACAGAAAUGACAUGCUUUGUUCCUGACGUAGAUGUGCCGUUGAAAGCCAAUGGUUUAUUAGAUAUCCUUGAAGUGAUAAAGUCAGCCGUACAUACUUUUGACAAGGAUACUAUUGAAAUAGGUGUUGGAUCAUCAGUUGCGAUAAAGUGGUACGCAAAAGGGCAUAAAACUUUUGAGGACGUAUUGAAAAAUGAAAAAUUAACUCAUUGUAUUUUGACAGAAGUACAAAAAAUUUCGGAUUGGGUAAAAAGUGCAGCACUUUCUAUUGACUACAAGUUGGAAUGUAUCACAACUGGAUCUUUUGGACGAGGAAGUCCAGUCUGUGAAGAUAUUAAUAUAAUGAUCACAAGGAAUGAUUCUGAUGGAAAGAAUCAUCUUGGUGUUUUAACCAAAUUGGUUGAAAUCUUAAGUAAUCAAGGAUUCUUAACACAUGAAUUAACACGUCAUGAUGGAGAUAGUCUUUUUGCAAAAUUUAUGGGAAUUUAUUUAUUUACAGUAUCUUAUAAUGAAAUAGGUGCCGCAUUACUUUCAUACACUGGUGGAGUCAAAUAUAAUGAAGGAAAAUUACUUGCUCAAAAAACAGAACAGGAAAUCUUUGACGUAUUAGGAGUUCCAUGGCGGUAA